CUAAUGGAGAGGAUGAAGCUUCAAGUCUCAUAAGUAUUUGUAGUUUUAGUCAUUUUAAGUCACAUACAAUGUUCAAGUUCAUCUGGUGUUUUCUUUCCAUCAAUGUUAAAAAGGUAGUUUAUUUUUAUGUUUCAAUCUUCCAGUCUUUUCUUGCACUUUGAGCAUUACUGUGAAAAUGAGCAUUUGUGUAUCUUUCACAAAUACUUUGAGCAUUUGUGAAAGAAAAGGUAUCAGUAUCUUAAGAUAUAAUUUGAAGAAGAGUUUGGUAUGAUGCAAGAUUCUUUUUCUUGGAGAAGGUGGGAAUAUAUUAUUCAUUAAUGGCAAAAUAUUUAGCCGAAUGAUAUAAGGUAUCCCAAAGACUGCUAACAGAAAUAUUUUUUGUAUAGACUCUUUUAUAUCAUCUUUAGGCCAUAUAUAUAUUGCUAGAGAACAGUUUUAUUGAGGUUAUGUUAACAUUUUCCUGGUCUUGCAUCUGCCUAGAAAUCAGCUGGUCAUUGAUCUGGGUAUACAGGCCAGGAAAGGGACAAAUUACUAAAAUAGAAGGGUUGGUUUUAUGUAUUUUGGAAGUUGGAAUGAGCUGUUUCUUUGUGUGACUUUAAAAAAGGUGAUUGUCAUUUGCUAAGAGACUUUUGCAAUUAAAUGUAGUUUCUGAUUAACUGAAUUUUGUGUAAUGUCAUGCAAGUACUAGUGUUAAGUAUUUCUGCAAUUCGCCACACACAUAUUUUUACCAAAUAAUUUUGAACAGUAAAUGCUUUAUCAAGAAAACAUGCUAUGUGCAACUCUUAGAAACUUGUGAGCUGAUAUAGCUUUGCUCAGAUCUGCUCUUGUCUUGGCUGACAUAGCAAAUAUGCUAAGAUGGAGAUUAAGUAAUUGGCUGUUGUCUAAAUGAGAGGGUUUGAAUUGGGCAGAUAACUAAGCUCGUUUUUGGGGGGCUUACUUAGAAUUUCUUUGACUGCCUUGGUUAUUUUCUGUCAUUCAGUGAAACGUAAUAUAAUUAAAUUUAAAAAUGUAUUUAAUAUGUUAAUGUAUUUUUAUAAUUUCAUUCUCAAGAGUUCCUCAGAUGUCAGUGCAUCUCACAGGAGCAGAGCAAGUACCUCCAAAAGGAGAGCUCUUGUGGUGUGUAACUUGGAAUGAGCACUUUUUACUUAGUGUGAUGUGUUCACAUUCUAAUGUUUUCUGUGGUUACUUAGCAAAGCAGUAGUUUGGUGAAAGCAUGCUUAUAGAACAUGGUGUUAAUGGGACUGCUGCAAUGAUUGAUGUAAUCAAGUAAUUUGUGAUAUCAAAUGUGAGAGCUGAAAGAAAGAACACUUACAGUUGUGAAGGGAAUUCAUCUCUUCAGUCGCUCUCUCCCCAUGUCCCCAAUAGAGAAGUAAAAUAAAACGGAAACAGCUGUCCAUCAGCCUUGACAGGUAAAAACGUGUUAUUGAAAGUUACAAUAGGAGACAUUUUUCUCUUUUAUGUUGUGAUUUUAGAACAACAGACAAGGCUGAAAUACAGAAAUUUUGCCUUUUCAGUAAUGGGUAUUUCUGUUUAUUUGUGGUAUUACUAGUUUAGGCAAGUUAAGUGUUUUUUAGUAGACUGUUAUACCAUUUAUAUUAACAGUUUAAGUUAGUGUCAGGAUGAUAAGUGUCUGAGUGAUCUGUCUUCAUUCACUGAUAGCAAGGUUGCUUAUUGGAGGUAAUAAUUAGAGACAGAAAUUGUUUUAAAAAAAUAAAUAAAGUUGAUUAAAACUGAUCCAUUGACUUAUGGGUCCUGUAGGUAAUAAUUUUAGCAACACAAAAAGGACCACAGUCUAUAAAUUACAUCUACAAUAUUUUAAUAUCAUUUAAUAUAUUGUUAAUACUGGAUAUAUUGGAACUAUUGAGAUAAUAUGAAUACAGUAUGAAAUAAUAUUAGCUAAAUCUGGGCUAUAUUGACUUAUAAACAAAUAUAAAAUCUAAAUCUGGGGAAUUUCUGGUAUUAAUUUCAUGUCUAGAAGAAAUUUUCAGAUAUAACAAUAGACAAAAAUAUUUUUUCUUGAAAUCCUCUCAUUACUCCUCAUUUUGAAAAUUACACUGGGCAAUACUCCAGCAUGCUACUACUAUGUAAUGUAAUAUUUUCAAACUACCUUCAGUUUCUUUUUUCUCUUGUGUUACAAGUAGGCUUAGGUUGAUAUAAAAUUAUAUUUUGUAUUGCGCAUUACCUACAGUUAAAAUACCUGUGACAUUUUUAAAUGAACUGGAAAAAAAACAAGCUUGCUAUGAAAAUUUAAGUUUUCUAAGUUGAAAAAAAGAAGUAUAAAUUUCACAAAUUUUGCUGUUACUGAGUGACAGGAAACAUAGGACAGUUGCUAAACUAUUAUUACGAAGCUGUUUUUAUUAGUAUUCUUAAGAGCUGCCAACUCUGGUAAACUCCCAUUCUCUUUACGCAUAGCUGGCCCUGUCAUCACACUGUUCCUUCUUUUUCACACAUUUGCUCUUCCUGAAAACACUUAAUUCCUCUGUUCCCACCUUUAAUUCCUCCCUGAUCACAAAAUACUAUUUCCCCUUCCUUCUGUAAAGUCUUUCAUGUCCUGUACCCCAUAGGCAGUGACCUUCCUGAGCCUGUAAGGUACCAUGGAAGGUCAUUGCAUCAUGGUGAGUUGCACAGCUUGACAAUGGGGCUGAUGUUCCUUUAGAGUGCUUUGCCUGUGUGCAGAUUUGUAUGAGCCUUUUGUUACAUAACCUUGUAAAUGUUGUCUCAGUUUAAUGAAAUCUACCAUAUAAGACUUGGCUUAAUUAUUUAAAAUUCUGUUACUAAAAUCACAUUAAAUAUUUCGCAUAGCAUAGUGCUGUCCAAAAUGAUCUCAUUUUUCAUAAAUUGGGACGCUGUUGGGGAAAAAUAUUCAUUUUUAUUGAAUGGUCUAGCCUCAGAAAGCACUUCAGAUCUGGAUAAAUGGAUAUUCCUUCCUGUUUAAAUUUUCAUUAUUAGUAGAAUAUGUUUUCUUGGAAUUUCCUUGAAAGUCUUUUUAGUCAUUCUUUGAAAUAAAAGCAAUUUAAUUUUUUUUAACAUUGUGAUUUUCAUUUAAUUUAAUUUUAUUUUACUUUAGUAUGACAAAACUAAGGAUAAAUCUGCAAGAUAUUUGGUCCCUAUAUGCUAAUACUUUGCAUCUCUUUGAGGGAAGACUGUUUUUGUGCUUUGUUUCUGAGGUGUAAUGGUAUUAACUAGUGAUUUUAAAUUCCUGACUUUAAAAAGUAUAUAAAUUUGUACUAUCACAUGUUCAGAUCUAUUAUAGUUUUAUACUUCUAACACUUUCUGUAGCCAACAUGUGUAAUUUUUUUUCAGGGAGAAAAGACACCUGUCUUACAGCAAGCACUUUCUAUUACUGUUAUUUCUAAGUUUUGUAGUAAAGUGUUGUACAGAUUAGACUUGGAGGACAUCUUUGGGGGGAAAAGUGUGUAUGCAUCUAUUUGUGUUCUCUAUUACCGCAUAGAAACUGCAACUUAAUCUAAUGGAGAGUUACUUCAGUCCAGGGAAUAAGCAACUAGUUUGUAUAUCUUUACUUAAAAGACAUCUGUUGUACUUUUAUGAAGUGAUAGUAGAUGGCAUCACAUUCUCAGUGGUGUUAUGCCACAUAAAGUCUGUUUUUUAAGAAGAGGCAAGCAUCAAGUACCACCAAAAGGAAUAUUUAAGCUGCUUAAAAAGCUGUAUUUGUUCAAAUAGCAUUGUUAUCUGAAUUAGCUAGCAGAUAGGCAAGCACAAUAUAGUGCUUAAAUUAGUCUAUAUUGUUAAGCUUUUUUAGUUUGUUUAUUGGUUGAAAUUCUUCUGUGAGAUGUGAGCACUAGCUUUAAGGAAAGUCUAUAUUAAUGAGGAUAGGGUUAAUUAUAGUUUCAAUUGCCAUUUCUUUUUAACACAAUGAUAGAAGUGUGGCCUAUUUUUUUCUAUUUAGGUAUUUGGAAUUUCCUGUGUUGUUUCUGCUUUAGGUGAUAAAACUCUUAAAUCCUUAUAUCUGUCUUUAUAUUUUAAGAUUGAAGAUGCUGUUACAUAAUGGUAUUAAUUCUCUAAAUUUCAUUCUUAGAGUCAUGCUUACUCUUAAUCACAAAGUUCAAAGGAGAAAGCUCUUUAUUCUCAUGAUGGUUUAUUGGGUAGUUUUGUCAUAUAAUAUUCCUUAUAAAUAUACUAAGCAUGUGUUGUGGUUUGACCAGGAAGUGAGUUUCUGGGAAAGCUGUGUUCAGACCAAUCAGUGGCCAGAUUUGAAAAUUAACACCUGGUGUGGCUACUGAAGACCUGGAUACGCCUCUGAGAACACGCAAGGGUUAAAAGCAAAAGAUUCCCAAAAAGACUUUCUCUUUCAAGUCCAGUCAGUAAGUUGAUCUGACCUCUCCUGCCCAGCUACCUCUGGGUGAGGGAAGGAGAGACCAUGCAGCCUGUGGGAAGGGAGGCCGGAGCCCCUGCGAAAUGCAAGAGUAAAAAAGAUCUGAGAUGUUUCAAACAGCCACCCUCCACCCCGGCUCCGGGAGAGAGUGGUAGAGACACCGUGCUGGCUUAAAAUUUGAUAUCUUGUGCCAGCAUCAUGGCCGAGAAGAAAAAAGAGGGAGGUAAGGUGCCCAGCCGACAGCAAACCGCGGCUGAAGUUUUAGCCCCUUUUAUGCUAAGACAAUAAAAGCUGUAAAAACACUGAUCCUCCAUAACUAAGAAUUGAGAGGAGACAGAAGAUAGGGAAAUAAGAAGGCAGCUUGAGUAAGGGAAGAAAUAUCACCAGAUAAAAAGCGCCCUAGAUAAAAGAGAUUAAGAGUAGCCUUUGGCUAGACUUUUCUCUUACCUAGCCAUGAGACGGAACCAAUUUCUUCCUGUAAUUUAAAAACUACAGCUUAAGAGAAGCAGUUAGCCAAAAGCCAAGAGUGACAAAGCUGUUACAAAAAGAAGUAAAAGGAACAAAGACUGAUGGGGAGGCUGUAGUAGGGCUGUCUGCCUUCAACAGAAAAAAUCUCUGUUCCUAAAACCCCCAAGCCCCAAAAAAAUGAAUAUAGAGAAGACAAACGUCCCAAUAGUAAAAAACUGACACUUCUUGAAACUGAGCAAUACAUUCUUAAAAAAACCUGAAAAGCAGUUUAAAUCCAUAGACAGUAGUAAGAACACUAAACAUAAAAGAAAUACUCACCACAGCAAAUUCUCUUCAGGCGGCUGCCACGUGUGACAUAGAAGCACAAGAAAUUCCAACUGUGUUUCCUAAAAAAGCCCAUAGUACAAAAAAACCCCUCCUCUCUCCUAAUAAACUAAAAAAAAAAAAACUGUGUAAAAAUGAUAUUGAACUGAAAAUUAAGUAUUAGAGGAGUGGUAGCUAAAUUAGGAAUUACAGUCUUGUCAUAUAGUGUGAUAGUAUUAGAAAGAUAGAAAGAGAAAAAAAUAUUUUAGAAGUUUUCCAUUGUAGAUUUUUGUGUGUAGUCUUUUUCUUUUUAUUUCCCUCUUGUCUUUGUGUUGUAAAUCAAUAAAAUGUUUUUUCCCCCUCCAUUCCCAAGGUAAAGCGUGUUUUGUUCUGUUUCCAAAUCACGUCUCACAGUAACCAUUUUAGAAAUACACCUUUCAUAAAAGCACUAACACUAUUGCCAAAAUCAAUCCAUAACAGCAUGUAGCAUCAUGAAUAAAUUUGUUAGCUUCCUGACAUUUGCAUAAAUGUUUUUAGGAAAAAAAAAACCACCCUCAUAUUGAUCAGAUUCUGACUUCCAAUUUGUGUUUGAAACUGUUUUUGUAUCAGUGCAAUACCAUCAAUGGAAUCAGAUGAAUAGAAAUGUUGUUUUGCUGGAGGCCUGGAAAGGGCUCUUGGAACUGUUUAAAGGUGGCACUUCUCUGGAUUAAAGUUUAUUCAGUUGGGAUGGAGAUAUGUGUUCUAUUACUCCCCCUUUGUCCUCUAUCAAAUAGUUAGAAACAUUUUAAAUGUAGAUGUACAGCAGAUUGAAUUUGCCAGAGAUCUUGAUGUUAAUCCAGUGAUUUAUUGAGAAAGGCAUGAGGAUUAUUUUGACUAUGUAGAAACAAUUCCAGAAAGUUUGGUGUUUAACAGGUGGAAAUAGUGUCAAUAAAUGAAAAUAUUUUGGAUGUAGUUUUUCAGACAGUUUUUGGUACUGAUGAAUUAGCAACUGAAUUAAGGGUUGGGGGGAUCAAAACAGCUUGUGUUGAGACUAGGCUGAAGUAAUUUUGUAUUUACUUAUUAUUGUAUUAUAGCAUUUUUUAAUGUUCUUUUGAAGGGCUGUUCCCUUAGUUCCUAAACAAAUGAGCAAUAUUAAUAUUUCUGCUUUCUGUUGCCUGUUGAGAUAAGAAGUGCUGUAUGCUGCAGGCGCUACUUUUUGCUCUGUUUUUAUCUGUCUGGUUUUUCUUUUCUGUAUGUGUGUAUGAAUUUUUUCCUCACAUGUGCAUAUAUAUGCAAUUUGUGUAGAGCAUGUCAAAACACAACAGAAAUAAGCCAAAAUAUAAUUGCUAGACUUUCAGUGUGUGCACUUGAUGUAAAGAAUAGUGGUAGGGUACAGACUAUGCUAGUGUCAGAUAAACAUCCAGCCCCAAUUCAAUUAUUAGGACUUUCUAUUAUUCUCCCUCCCCAAAAUGCUUUGAUUCAUAAAGGUAUGUAAUGUAAAAAAGAUAAAGUAAAUAAUUGUACUAAUUAUUAGCAAGUCUUUUCAGUUAUGUUUUUCAUGUAUUUCUUGCUGCACUUGUCAAGCUUUUGGAAUUUUUAUUUUACUAUGGAGGAAAAAUACCAAAAUUAGUUACUAUUUUGUUUGAGCAUGGCAUUAGAAAUACAGUUAAUGCUGAUAUACAAAGUACAUAGUAAUUUUGAGGCUUUUAUUAUUUACUUCCUUAAGAAAGUUAAAUGGAUUUGGGGUAAACAUUAGGGAAAACGUUGCAGCAUUUUGCACAAGAUCUAAGCUUGGGAACACUUGGGUAAUGUUAAGAUAAAACUUUUGUUUGCAAGAUGUACAGAUGCAACCUUUCUUUUCUCUCUUCUUUCCUUCCUUACCCCUCAGAGUGGAAUUUACUGUGAUCAAAGAAAUUAUAGCAGCAUUGGAUAUAGUAAACCAGUUCCUUUCUACCAUGUUUGGUCAUCUUCUCUAUACAGUGAUCCAGUGGCACCAUCUAGGAGUUACAGGCCAUCUGAAUGCAGUUAUUCUUCAAGAGCAAACUCAGUCCGAAGUAGUCCUGUGUCGUUCCAGCCACAGGGGAAGCAUUGUUUCUGAUGCAGAUUAUGGCCAAGUUUUGAAUAGUCUGGAAGAAAAGAGUGAAAAGUCACAUUCAGAAAUAUUUUCAAGGCCCUCAUCUCGCAAUUCAGUAAGUGCAGCUCCUCAGAGUGGCAACUCAUCUAGGAGAGGAAGUGGAGAUGCAAGUAAUUUGGUGGAUCCGGAUGCCUCCCUCAGUGAAUUACGGGAUAUCUAUGAUCUUAAGGACCAGAUACAUGAUGUAGAAGGGAGAUACAUGCAGGGACUUAAAGAAUUAAAGGAUUCACUAGCUGAAGUUGAAGAGAAGUACAAGAAAGCUAUGGUUUCCAAUGCCCAACUAGACAAUGAGAAAAACAACUUGAUUUACCAAGUGGAUACUUUAAAGGAUGUUAUUGAGGAGAAAGAAGAACAGAUAGCAGAGUUCUAUAGGGAGAAUGAAGAGAAGUCGAAGGAAUUGGAAAGACAGAAACACACCUGCAGUGUUCUGCAGCAUAAGCUGGAUGAACUUAAAGAGGGCCUUCGACAGAGAGAUGAAUUGAUAGAGGUGAAUCAACGUAUGCAGGAGAAUAUAGACUUCAUAACCAAAGAAGUAUUUGAUCUCCAGGAGACAGUUAAUUGGAAAGAUAAAAAAAUAGGGGCCCUAGAAAGACAGAAAGAUUACUUUGACUGCAUUAAGAAUGAGCGAGAUGAGCUCAGAGAGGAGUUGGCUGACCUGAAGGAAACAAUGAAGAGAGGACAGAAACAUGGAUUAGUUAUAAUUCCAGAUGGCACACCAAAUGGUGAUCUAAACCAUGAAUCAGUGGUUGGUACAAUAACAGUUGUAUCACAAGAAGCUGCUCAGGUCUUGGAAUCUGCAGGAGAAGGACCACUAGAUAUCAGGCUACGAAAACUGGCUGGAGAAAAGGAGGAAUUACUGUCCCAGGUUAGAAAACUCAAGAUGCAGUUAGAAGAAGAACGACAGAAAUACUCUAAAAGUGAUAGUAUGAAUCCAGAUACAAUAGAUUUGGAGAAUGGCUCUGACUUGCAGCUAAUCGAAAUGCAAAGAGAUGCCAACAGACAAAUUAGUGAAUACAAAUUCAAGCUUUCAAAAGCUGAACAAGAUAUAACUACUUUGGAACAAAAUAUUGGACGACUUGAGGGACAGGUUGCAAGGUAUAAAAAUGCAGCAGAAAAUGCAGAAAAAGUAGAAGAUGAACUCAAAGCUGAAAAAAGGAAGCUUCAGCGAGAGUUAAGAACAGCACUGGAUAAGGUAGAAGAAAUGGAGAUGACCAAUAGCCAUUUAAUGAAAAGGCUGGAGAAGAUGAAGGCAAAUAGGACUGCGCUUUUAUCUCAACAGUGAAAUGGAAAUUGAAAAUACAAUGCACUGCUCUUUGAAUAACUAGUCCCUAGCUUGUUUAUAAAUACAGACUUUCAGUGGCACAAACUAUUUGAACACUGAGCUGUUCACUGGUGGUUUAGUUUCAUAAUUAAAUGACAUACUUUUUUGUAAUUUAUGAGAGAAUGAAAUGUAGUUUGAAUUCCCAUGCGAAUGACAGCAGUUUUUCAGUAGUGUUUGAUUCUAGAGGCAAAGACAGUGCACAAUGCUCUGUGUUUUUACAACUGUGGAAUCAAGUUUACUCACGAUCUCUUUUGGCUGCUUUAAUGAGGCUUGAUGCUCAGAGACAGCUGCAUGAAUUCAAGACACUGUUAUGAAACUAACAUAUACUUGCCUAAGACAUCACACAGCACAAGUGCCUUUUAUCGGGUGCAAUUUGGUCUUCAUUUUUGAAAUAACCUUUGGAACCAGAAAGCAUUUUAUUUUAAGAUACAUUUGGGGUAUUCCCUAAACUUUAUACAUUUUGAAAAUACAUUUUUUAAAAUAUUUAAAUUUAUAAGAAAAAAUAGGGACUGUAUAUAAAGAUCGGCUUCUUUUGCAUGGGCACAUCUGACUUCUAUGUAAUUUUGGCAAAUACUAGCCCCUGAUACUCUUAGCAUUAAGAGCAGAAAUUUAAAAACUGAGGUUGUACGCCAUCAAAUUGUGUCAUCUGCUUAAGUGUGAAUUGAAAUUUUAUGGUGGGGAAGAAGGGGGUGAGAAAUGUGGCUAAGGAGUUUAUUAAAAUGGACACUUUACUGACC